GCCACACUUGGGACGGCAAGGGAACCACUGGCCCCUCGGAUUCCUAGGGUUUCCAGUUAAAUUUUAAACUCCAAGUAAAGAUCACAAAUAACGUGUCAUGAAGCUGGUCACUGUGUUCCUGCUGGUGACCAUCGGCAUGUGCAGUUACUCUGCUAUGGCCUUCCUCUUCAACCGUUUGCCCCUUCCUGUCGACAAGGCCUUACCUUUACCUCUGGACAACGUGCUCCCCUUCAUGGACCCAUUAAAGCUUCUUCUGAAAACUCUGGGCAUUUCUGUUGAGCACCUGGUGGAAGGGCUGAAGAAGUGUGUGGAUGAGCUGGGCCCAGAAGCCUCGGAGGCUGUGAAGAAACUGCUGGAGGCUCUCUCAUACUUGGUGUGACGCUGAAUAAAGCAAGAGCCGAGGAGGGAGGGAGGGAGCUGACGUUUCCCUCCUCCUGGCCCCGUCCACCCUAACGUGCAGUGACCCCCGGAAGAAUGAACAGAGCAAUGAACCCACCUCAGCUUGUCCUGUGUUUAUUUGGAGUCGGGGUGGGGGGCUGUGUCCAGGGGGCCUCCCUCGAUCACCUUUUCCCCGGGUCACAGGCUCUAGAUUGCCUGUUGUGACAGAGACAGCUCGCAUUUCAGUGAGAGGGGAUCUUUCUUUCCUUCCUGCCUCUGACUUGACCUCCUCCAUUUUCUUCGGCUGUCCUUUACCCGACCGUGUUUCCAGACUCCUCACAUUCCUUCUCCCCUGCUUCUCAAAAAAUUAAAAACAUUUUGAAAUUGAAA